UAUUGGUAGCAACAACCAAUAGGAAAGGCGCACUUCUAAAACAACAACAAAGUGAAGCACGAUGGAUAAAGUAAAAGAAGAGGCGGAGCGCUACAGUGAGUACGUCCGGGAGAAACUGGGGGACAUCCUGUCGUCUGCUGUGGCGGAUGUUGCGGCUGCGCGCCCCGAGGAUCCCAUUGACUUCCUGGCCCACCGACUGUACACCACCAGGAGACAACACAUGGUCACGUGUUCAACAGGAACAGUCACGUGUUCAACAGGACCAGGACCGGUCCCCACGAGACCUACUUUCGGAAUUGCUACCCUCAGGCCGCGACAGAGUCAUGGCAACCGGGCUACAAGGUCAAGGUUAACGCGAUACAGACCGGAAAAUGAGAUGUCUCAAAUACAUGUUAAAAAUGUCAAGAAAACGGAAAAGGCAACAACGAAGGAUGCAUCCGGAAACAGCUCCUCUGAGCUGGAAGCAAGUGUCUUAAAGAAACUGGGACUCAAUGAAAAUGGACAGUUGCCAACAGCAACUCAACAAAAUCAAAAGGAAAAUAAAUUCUAUGGAGGAAGCUUAGGAACAACAAGAGUAGUGAAUUUGCCUGGUGAUCACGUGCUACAAGAUGCUACGUCAUCAAGUAGCAGACGCAAUGUGUUUGCAGCAGACGAUGAAGGGUUUGAGGAGACAGUGUCUUAUGGUUCUAUGACAAAGCCAGUGUUUGUCCACUUGUGUCUUAAAAAUAAUUUAAGCGGCCUUCACUGUGAUUUGUUUGAUGAUUACGAUUUGACCUGAUCUUUGUUGAAGUACCUGAAAGCAAAUAUUGGAAUAGCUACAUGUAUUUACGUACGUAAACUUGUUGGUGUGCCAAGCAAAGAAUUUAUACGCGUGAAAUAUAUAUAUGUGUACAUUUAAUUUGUUAAACAGUUUUAUAAAAAGAUAAACUAUUUAUUUAAAGAAUGUGUUUUUGCUUACUGGUAUA